CAACGGCCCCCAUUCAUCUCUCUCAUCCCAUAAAUACCACUCAUAUUUUCACCAUGCUUUUCCGAGAAGGCGGAAAGGAAAGAAAUACUCUACUAAUAAAAGGAACCGUCCUCUUACCGCUACUGUGUGACUGUGUGAGAGAGAAAGUGAGCAGAAAUGAGUGCUCUGGAUUCUCCGCUCGAGGUUCUGGCAUUCGACUACCUGCGCUUCGGCCUGUUAACGCUCGUCAACAACGUCUGGACGUGGGUUGCCGUUGUUACGGCCGCCGUCAGCGUGUGGAGAUUAAAGGCUUCGUCAUUACCUCGCAGCAACUUUCCACGUGAAGCAUCGCGGCCGGUUGAGAGACUGGUGGCUGAGCCUGCAUCGGCGACGGCUGUGGUGGCUUCUGCUAUAGUCGAGGCAGCUAAACCUUCGACUGCGGCGGCUCCAUCAUCGCCGUACUUGUUCAAUGCAGAGGGAAGAACGAGCGGGAAGUUUACACUUUACUAUGAUCGGAGGGAGGAGGACGAGGAGGAGGAUAGACGUGAUGACGUAAACGGAGAACUUGACUGCGAGGACGGAUGUAUCGGGGAUGAGAAGCAAUGGUUCGGGGAAGGUUGGUGGGAGGUAACGAUGAGAAUGAGGAUGGGAGAUCAUAUGGGGUUCUACCGUUAUCAGGAUUUAACGGUGCUAGACGGAAGUGUGGUGAGAUUGUGGGACGGUUUGCCGGCUGAGAAAUGGAGUUAGUAGUUGCGCCCCGUUAAUUAGCUGCGGUGGCGGUGAAGGUGGUACCAUUAUGUGGUAGGUGUAUUUUCGGUGGUGGAUGCAGCAGCGCAGAAUCAAAUAGCCGGUGGGCUGGCCCGGCCUUGCCUUGCCUUGACUAGAAGCAAAUUAUUAUUAUAAUUAAUUAAUAAUACGAAGAGAUAGUGGUAUUUACUAUUUAGUUUUGGAGGUGAUCAAUUGAUAAGGAUCAUCCCAAAAAAAAAAAUUUUGUACAUAGUAUCAAAUAUUUCUGCUUGUUAAUAAUUUAAGAUUUGCAUUUCUACAAUGUCCCUCUCUCAUCAAACACAAUUACAAAAUAACACAACAUCUGGAAAUGUGCCUGGGCUUCAUUUCCUGGCGUAUUUUAAUUUU